AUGACAGAUAAUAAUUUCAAUGAUAAUAAUGAUACUUUUACGUCGAAUGACAAUAGCAAUUAUAAUAAUUUAAAUGAUACAAAUAACAUCGGACCUAUCUCUACGAUCAUUCAUUUCAUCAGGGACACUAUAGGAUCUGACGACGAUGUUAAAAAGAAAUCAACCAACACCACCACUAUCGAUAGUAGUGGUACUACAAGCACCGACUCGCCUACUGGUAGUUCACUAAUAGACAGAGUGGAAUCUAUGCUGGGCAUAGAUGAUGUCGAUGAAGAUGAUAAGUUAAUAGGAUCACUCUUUAACAUCAAACCAAAACGUUUGAACGAGGUCAUUUUCUUGUUGGGUGGUGCAUCGCUUGUGUCGUUUGCAUUGAGAACUUUUCUGUUUGGUAAAACCAUCAGAGCCAUUGAGAUACCCGAUGGUAACCUUACUACUUUUGUUCUCAGAAACAACAGAGUUACCUCAUUAAAAAGAACUAUAUUACAAAAUCAACCACCAUUAUAUCCUGGUGUUACGAUUGGUGUCGAUGAUAUCAAAGCAAGUGCAUUCAUAGAUCCAAAUUUCACUGAGCCAAUCACGAGCAAUCGUGAUGUUAGAAAGUUACAAGAUGGUGGAUAUGUUGUUUGGACAAAAGCUGAUUUCGAAAUACCUAGAACAUCAGUUGCAUUGAAAGCAUUGAUUAAAGAUAGAGAUUUAUUUAUAAAAUAUAGUAAUAAUUCAGAGUUGGAUAAGAUAAUUCGUCUAAUUUCACAAUUUGCAAUGUCAGAUCAAUCCUUUAUUGAUAAUACAGAAACAGCUGGUAGUAAUAAUAAUAGUAAUGGUGGAUUUAAAUUGUAUAAUAUUUUGUUAUGGUUUACCAAUUCUAUUAAAGAUACAAUAUUUACCAAAAAGAAUGGUGAUUAUAAACCAAAUUUGGAUUUACAAGAACCACUUUCAACGGAUGCAAGAGAUGAGCUUAUAAUGCGAUUGCUCACUCAACGUGGCGAUGAUAUAAUACAAUUGUACAGAAAGUAUCAACAUGAUAUCAAUUUGUUUAGAUAUCAUUUGAGUCAUUAUUAUCAAACAAAAUGUAAUAUUAAUAAAUAA